UUUUAAUUAAUAAAUAGAAAAUAAAAAAAAUCAGAUGGUCCCUACUUCCCCAUAGCUUUGCCUUUCGUCGCCUUUCUUCACAAUAAUUUGUACUCUGGCUCCUCGUUAGCUCUCUCUCUCUCUCUCUCUCUCUCUCUCUCUCAUCGAUCAGAUCUCUCCGAACCCAUCAAACAAAACCGUCCAGUGAAUCAUCCAUGACGCUUGGCUCAGGAGGAUCGAGUGUCGUGGUGCCUCGGAACUUCAGGUUGCUGGAGGAGCUUGAGCGUGGAGAAAAAGGUAUUGGAGAUGGUACUGUCAGUUAUGGAAUGGAUGACGGAGAUGAUAUUUAUAUGCGCUCUUGGACUGGCACCAUUAUUGGUCCGCACAAUACUGUGCAUGAAGGUCGAAUAUAUCAGCUGAAGCUGUUUUGUGAUAAAGAUUAUCCUGAGAAGCCUCCAAGCGUCCGUUUUCAUUCAAGGAUUAACAUUACUUGCGUUAACCACGAAACUGGAGUGUGCAAUCUGUAUGAUGACAGAAAACCUAGUGACAAGAAUUUGAUGGUAUCCAAUGGCAACAGGUGGAACCAAAGAAGUUUGGACUUCUUGCAAAUUGGCAGAGGGAGUAUACUAUGGAGGAUAUACUGACACAGCUGAAAAAGGAGAUGGCAGCCCCACAUAACCGAAAGCUGGUCCAACCUACCGAGGGUACCUACUUCUAGCUCUCUAGUUCAUAUAGAUAUCCUGGAGUUAGAUUUGUGGUAAGCUAUAUAGUUUGUAAUGCUUGUUGAUCCUGUUUAAGUUAAGAAAAUACUGGGUAAUGCCUGAAAAAGGCUUCUCCAAUUACUUCUCCUUGGCUUCAUCUUCUUUAUCCUUUUUUUUUGUCGAACUCUGUUGAAGAGAUGCUGUUUUAAUGGGAAUUUAUCCGUGUGUCAAAUAUUAAAAAUACCCUUUUGAUUAUU